AUGUCAUUUCGCUCCUUUGCUUCUGCCGCGAGCUUGCUCGCUGCCCUGCCCUUGGCCCUGGCUGGCUUCGACCCCGGGUCGUCUAAGAACAUUGCCGUCUAUUGGGGGCAAAACUCGUACGGCCAGAAGGAUAGCCAACAGAACCUUGCGACUUACUGUGCAAACUCGGACGUCAAUAUCAUUCCUUUGGCUUUCAUGAACGGUAUCACGCCGCCCAUCACCAACUUUGCCAGCGCUGGCGACAAGUGCGACAAGUUUCCGGACAAUCCCAACCUCCUCAAGUGCCCUGAGAUUGAGGCCGACAUAAACACUUGCCAGACCAAGUAUGGCAAGACCAUUGUCCUGUCACUCGGUGGUGCGACGUACACCCAAGGUGGCUGGGGCUCGACGGGCGAUGCCGAGAGCGCAGCGGAGAGCGUGUGGGCCAUGUUCGGGCCCGUCCAGUCCGGCAGCAAUGUCGACCGCCCGUUCGGCAGCGCCGUAGUGGACGGCUUUGACUUCGACUUUGAGUCGUCGGCAAACAACCUGCCUGCCUUUGGCGCCAAGCUCCGAAGCCUCAUGGACGGCGCGGGCGGCAAGAAGUUUUACCUGACGGCUGCGCCCCAGUGCGUAUUCCCGGACGCCGCUGUCGGCUCGACGCUGGACGCCGUGGCCUUUGACUUCAUCAUGAUCCAGUUCUACAACAACUGGUGCGGCGUGUCCAACUUCCAGGUCGGCUCCGAUACGCAGAACGCCUUCAACUUUGACGUCUGGGACAAGUGGGCCAAGGGCAGCAAGAACCCCAACGUCAAGGCGCUCCUCGGCAUCCCGGCCAACACGGGCGCCGGCGGCGGCUACACCAACGGCGAGAAGCUCAAGGCCGCGAUCCAGUACUCCAAGAAGUUCAGCAGCUUCGGCGGCGUCAUGAUGUGGGACAUGUCGCAGCUUUGGGCCAACAAUGGCUUCCUCAGCGAGGUGGUGGGCGACCUUGCGUAG